AUGAAUACUAAACUAUUUAUUUUUCUCUUCUUAUGUUUAUCAUGUACAAUAUCGGGAUCUCUUGAAUUGGUAAGUUGAACAUACAUUGUUUAUAAUGUUCAGGCGUCGAACGACGACCCCGUUACAAUGCUGGUGUCCACAUUGGAUGGUUAUUUAACGGCAGUUGACGCCAAAACCGGAAGAGAAAAAUGGAGAUACAAAGAAAGUAAGGUAUCAUUUUUUAUCCGCAUCCUUGUUUAGGCCCUAUCGUUGAGAGUCCGCACAAGGUUCGUCAAGACUUUUCUUUUAUUCCCAAUCCUCGGAAUGGGGAACUGUACCUUGUCGCAGAUCAGCAUCUCAGCAGAUUGCCUUUUACGAUACCUCAGUUGGUUAAAACGUCUCCAUGUAAAAGUUCUGACGGUAUUCUAUAUGCAGGUUUGUUACUGAAGAAUUGGCUUGUAUUUGGAUUUAGGCAGUAAGAAAGACGUUUGGAUUGCUAUGAACCCAGAAAGUGGUGUACAUGAGGAGACUGUCCCUCCUCAAAAUGCAAAUAGCUGCCCAGUGGGUAAUCCCGAAACGAUAUUCAUUGGUCGAACCGAAUAUAAGGUUACUAUGAUUGAUACAAAAAAGAAAGAGAAGCAGUGGAAUGCCACGUUUAUUGACUAUUCUUCUCAUCUCUUGCCAGGUAUGCUAGAAUGAUCUUUUGAUUUACUCGUUUUAGUUGACCAUCGGUAUCCAUAUCAACACUUUCACUCCGUAGCCGAUGGCAGAUUGAUAACCGUAGAUGCGGACACCAGGCAAGUCAAAUGGAGGAAGAAUUUCAAGAGCGUGGUAGUGAAUCUUUACCUACUAAAGGGCGAUGGAAUGCACAGAAUCCCCAGCACGUCAGUCGGGCAAGUUGCCUUCGACACAUUACAAGAGGUCAGUUACUUUUUAACUUUAUUGGAAUCAUUAAAAUUAACCCGUGGUCAUCGAGUUAA